AUGCUUUCAACCAUGAGGAUUGCCUCGCGGCAGGUCGUCGGCAGGCGGAUGAUGGCUGCCCGCCCUCUUGCUGCUCUGCGCCCAGCUUCAACCUGGGCAAACGUCCAGAUGGGCCCUCCAGUGAGUAUCACUGAAGCGUUCAAGGCCGACAGCAACCCUAAGAAAAUCAACCUCGGUGUUGGCGCCUACCGUGAUGACGCCGGCAAGCCCUACGUGCUGCCGUCGGUCAGGCAAGCGGAGGAGAAGGUUAUCGCAGCUCGCAUGAACAAGGAGUACGCUGGAAUUACUGGUGUGCCUGAAUUCACGUCGGCAGCUCUUACUUUGGCCUACGGCAAGGACUCGACCGCCCUCGACCGUACUGCCAUCACCCAGUCCAUUUCCGGCACUGGCGCUCUGCGCAUCGGCGCCGAGUUCCUUUCCAAGUUCUACCCCGGCGCGAAGAACAUCUACAUCCCCACGCCGUCAUGGGCCAACCACGGCGCCGUCUUCACACAGGCCGGCCUCAAGGUCGAGAAGUACCGCUACUACAACAAGGACACCAUCGGUCUCGACUUUGAGGGUCUAGUCGCCGACGUCAAGGCCGCACCCAAGGGCUCCAUCUUCCUCUUCCACGCCUGCGCCCACAACCCCACCGGUGUCGACCCUACGCCGGAGCAGUGGCGCGAGAUCGAGACUGCCGUCAAAGCCGCCGGCCACUACGCCUUUUUCGACAUGGCCUACCAGGGAUUCGCCUCGGGUGACAUCCACAAGGACGCUUUUGCGCUGCGCCACUUUGUCGCCCAGGGCCACAACGUCUGCCUGGCCCAGUCGUUCGCCAAGAACAUGGGUCUGUAUGGCGAGCGUGUCGGUGCCUUUUCCGUCGUUUGCGAGUCGGCCGAGGAGAAGAAGCGCGUUGACUCGCAGAUCAAGAUCCUCGUGCGCCCCAUGUACUCCAACCCCCCGAUCCACGGUGCCAGGAUCGCCGCACAGAUCCUCAACACUCCGGCCCUGUACGACCAGUGGCUGGCUGAGGUCAAGGGCAUGGCUGACCGCAUCAUCACCAUGAGGGCCCUGCUCAAGGAGAACCUUGAGAAGCUGGGCAGCAAGCACGACUGGUCACACAUCACCAGCCAGAUUGGCAUGUUCGCCUACACUGGUCUGACUGCCGAGCAGAUGGAGCAGCUCGCCAAGAGCCACUCCGUCUACGCCACCAAAGACGGCCGUAUCUCGGUUGCCGGCAUCACGAGCGAGAACGUGGGCCGCCUCGCCGAGGCUAUUUUCAAGAUCAAGGGCUAA